CUCAUUUUACCAUUCUUUUUGCUACCGUACGCCGUCCUCAUCCCAAAAGUAGCCAAAGAGUUUAUUAAAAAAACAAGCAAGGAGGGGCGUAGUACGCAUCCCACCACCACCACCACCACUGUCGAAAUCUACAAACACCACCCCAUUACUUCUCUCUCUCUCUAGAAACUUGGUUAAGCUUCGAAGCUCAGUCGCUGCUUUUCUCUCUCUACCUCUCUGGGUCGGUUCGCUGCGCUUGUUCUGGGUCGACGAUGAAGCGGUCCGGCUUGAGAAAAACGGGUCAGACCAAUUCAACAGCUUCCCUUAAUUCUUCGGCGGCGGAUCUCUUUCGCUCCGCCACCAGUAAAUCCUCUUCAAAAGAAUUGGAACGAAUCGACAAUUUGUUUUAUUCAUACGCUAAUGGGUCCUCCAAUAUGAUUGACCCAGAAGGAAUUGAAGCACUUUGUUCUGACUUGGAAGUGGAGCAUACUGAUGUGAGGAUAUUGAUGCUUGCCUGGAAAAUGAAGGCUGAAAAACAGGGAUACUUUAUCCUGGAAGAGUGGCGUAGAGGCCUCAAAUCAUUAAGGGCUGACACUGUAAAUAAAUUGAAAAAGGCACUUCCAGAGCUAGAGAAAGAGGUCAAGAGGCCAUUGAGCUUUGUGGAUUUCUAUUCUUAUGCAUUCCGUUAUUGUUUAACAGAGGAGAAACAGAAGAGCAUAGAUAUAGAGAGCAUAUGUGAAUUGUUAAAUAUUGUUCUAGGAUCUGAAUACCCUUCCCAGGUUGAAUUGUUCAUUGAGUAUUUGAAGAUUCAAAAUGAUUACAAAGUCAUAAACCUGGAUCAGUGGAUGGGCUUUUACCGGUUUUGCAAUGAGAUUAGUUUUCCAGGCCUUGAUAAUUAUGAUCCUGAACUCGCGUGGCCAUUGAUCUUGGACAAUUUUGUCGAGUGGUUGCGGGAGAAGCGAUUCUGAAGUUUAAAUUUUUUCGGUCGACUUGGUUUUGUGCUAUAAACCACAAAUACUGCCAUAGGCUACCAAAAACUCACACAUCAAAUUGGAUCCAGAACCAGAAACCGUUUUUGUUUCUCCUCAUCUUUUUUCAAGCAUAAUGUCAAAUGCUCAAAAUUGCCCACAUUGGAAAUUGCAUUUCUGUUAGUAAUGUGAAAUGAGUGCUUGAGAGAAAAGUCUUGAAACAUAAUCUCCAUUUAUCUUGUAAUUUGAAAUUUGAUACAGUGGAUACUAAUCAUACUACUACUACUACUGCUACUACUACCUAAUUGAUUGUUUGUUGCAAGUUAUUUCAAGCUGAUUCUAUUAUUACACUCGGAACGUUGUUGUGUAUUACUAUAUAUUCCAACAAUCAGACAUCAUGAAUCUCUUAAUA